CGCAAACGCAAAAGCAGAAGCUAUCGUUUGCAGAGAAGAGAGUGAGAGGGAAAGUCCGUCGACGACGAACACAACCCAAAAGCAAGCAUGUCCUCUCUCCGAAACGCCCUUCCCAGUCGUGCUCACAAAGAGCGUUCUCAACCGUCAGCGCGAAAAAAGUUUGGCUUGCUCGAAAAGCAUAAGGACUAUGUACAACGUGCUAAAGCAUUCCACAAGAAAGAGGACACCUUACGGAAACUUAGGGAAAAAGCGGCUAAUAGAAAUGAAGAUGAGUUUUACUUCAAGAUGGUUAGAACAAAAACAGUUGAUGGAGUUCACAGACCAGAGAGUGAAGCAAAUAAGUACACUCAGGAAGAGCUUAUGCUUAUGAAGACGCAGGAUAUGGGUUACAUUCUUCAGAAGGUUCAGAGUGAGAGAAAGAAAAUUGAAAGGCUAACUGCCUCGCUUCACUCUAUUGAUAAUCAACCUGCAAACAAACAUGUUUUCUUUGCUGAGGACAGGGAAGAGGCUAAAGAGUUACAAUCAAGAUAUUCAAAAAGUGAAAUUCCUCUUACUAUCGAUAUUAAUAUUCCUGCUCACAUUAAGAGGAAAACAGAUCAGUCUUAUAAAGAGUUGGAAGCAAGAAAGGAUAGACUCAGGCAACUAGAGAAAAUCUACACGGAUAUGGCAAUGAAGAAGGAGUUGCAGAAAAAUGGUAGGAAACGCAAACUAACUGAAGAUGAGAUUGUCUGUCCAACUAGUGAACCAGUAUACAAGUGGCGUGCUGAAAGAAAGCGAUGAUUUUGGGUUGGGUCCGAGUAGUCCAAUGAAGAAGGAGAUUUUACAUGUAGAGGAAGCAUCAACGUUCCUAGCAGCAGAAUAGAAUGUGAUAGAUGAAUAGAUUAAUUGGUAUCACUACUGGUGCCAAUAACUGUCGCUUUGUAGUUUACAAUUCAUUGAUCAUGUAACCAUUUUCUUUACUCUUUUGAGUAUCUUCUUUGAUGUUGUGUCGACUAAAUUUUGUAAUUCUAGUAACAUAAUAUAUAAAGGAAAUACUACUUUUUGGUUUA